UCCAGGUCCGUCCCUGGAUGACUGAAAUCAGCUGCACAGAGGAUUUGCCAUGCACCCAAGUGCGCGCUCAGGUCCAAUUGAUCCAUGAUACCCCCGCAGCCUCAAGAAAUGCCUAAGCGCCCUGAGCUUAGAUUUUGGCAGGCUUCAGAGGCAGGGAUAUGGAUCAUCACAUGCGAGUCUUAAGAGGUGUGACGGUGCAUGUAGGCCUGAUGAUACAUCGCUUGGAGAUGGAAACAUCGAUAGCAUGGUUCACUGCGGGAACUGAACAAGGGCCAUGGGAAGAAGUGUGCCAGUGAACCGGUUGUGAUGGUGAGUCGGGGUAUAUUUAUGUAGGCCAUGUCGCCUCUGAUACGGACAAUAAGCAGCGAAAUCCUACUUCACCUGACACUGCUCUUGAUAUUCCACUCUUCGCCUUCAUCAUGUCGACCUUGAAUGCAGUCAAGUUUCGUUUCUUGAAUCAACCUAGCGCCCAAACUAUCAGACAAUACAUAACUAUCGCAUAUCAGACGGCGACGGACCAAAAGUUAUAUCCAAAGGCCAUCCUCAUUCGCUCGGGCAUUCACCCAACAACCACAAUCGAUGGCAAAUAUCAAAAAGACCCAAAGGGCGAGCACCUGACUCUAUGCUUCAAGGAUGAAGAUAUGCUAGCCAAAGGAAUAUAUGUUGCCAGCCAUGGAUAUGUGGACUCGAAGACCGAUUGGAAAAUUCGGGAAGCCCGUCAUUCCCCGGAGAAGCCGGACUCGACGAUCAUGAAACGGAACGGGCGCCCCAUAUGGCCAUCUGGAGAAGUGUGCAUCUCGCAGAUCUUAAAGCCCUGCUAAUAUUGCACUUUGGCACACAGAUGUGGAACUAAUCCCAUAGGAAGAGAGCCAUCUCAUCUAGAUAAAGACAUGGUUUCUCUAGAAGUUGAUCACAAAGAGCUUGGAGCAUAAAACGUGUAAUAGUACGCCGCCAUCCAGCGCGAAUUGGUGGUGCUCUGGGACUGUCAAACUGCUGCAGGUUCGAGCGAAUGUAAUAAACUGAUUGUCAGCUACAUUCAAAAUAGUGGAAGGAGAUAUUUUCGAAAAUGCGACGGCUGAAGAUUAACCCCCAGUCCAACAUAUCUGAU